CGCCUCCAUGCCUGCGGUCUUCUUGACCCAGUCUGAGCGGAGCAGCGCCGCCAGUCCAACUUCACUUGCCGAGCCGAGCGGUACCGGCUGGGUGCACGUGACGGAGACAACAUGAGCGAGGGCGGCAGGUUCGGACUCUGUGGACCGCGGCGCGCUGUGGACCGGACCGGAAGGACCUGCUGCUAGUACCUGCUCGGAGAAGUAGUGGACAAGUCGACGCUCGUGUCAAGACGUGGAGGGAAAGGAUUUGUAACUUUUCCUUUUUUUUUUUGUUGUUGUUGUUGUUUGUUCUUCUCUCCUCGUUGACACCGAAGACCCAUGGGGGAUUUCUAGAGUACUUUUUGGAGUCCUGGAAAUUCAUGUUUGGACACCUGAAGACAUAAAGUCUGCCCUGGACGGACAUUACAUUAGGUGAGGAAGGAAGCGUUCCGCUGGCGUCCCCGGUGCCGACGUUCCGCCGGACGUCAUGCUAAGGGAGGAUGUCGCCUGAGUCGGGCCUCGCUGCCAUGCGCCGCGCCUCGCCGCCCGCAGGGAUGGUGGCCGCGUGGCACUCGCUCUGGCUUUGCGUCCUGCUACCCGUCUGCGUGGCGGCGGCCAGGCUGCCCAUCGCCGAACCCACAGACGCUGUUUCCAGCGAGGCGGCCUUCCUGGAGGACUUCGUUCUGGGGGUGGGGGACACCCUGGAAAUGUCAUGUGACCCAGAGGACUCUGCCUCCUCCUCUUCCCGGCCGGUGGUCUGGUAUAAAGAUGGCGACGGGCUGGUGUCAAGCAAUCGCACGCGGGUGGGCCAGAGGAUGUUGCGCAUCAUCAACGUGUCGUACGAGGACUCGGGCGUGUAUGCGUGUCGACUGGGCCGCAGUAACAUGCUGCUCAGCAACUACACCAUCAGGGUGACAGAUUCCCUGUCCUCCGGUGAUGAUGAAGAUUAUGACGAAGAUCCAGAAGAUGCAGGUAAUGACAAUGAAGCACCAUACUGGACCAGGCCGGACCGAAUGGACAAGAAGCUUCUCGCGGUACCGGCCGCCCACACCGUUAAGUUCCGCUGCGCAGCGUCCGGCAACCCGACGCCCAGCAUCCAUUGGCUGAAGAACGGCAAAGAAUUCAAGGGGGAACAGCGCAUGGGCGGCAUCAAGUUGAGGCACCAGCAGUGGAGUCUGGUGAUGGAGAGCGCCGUGCCGUCGGACUGUGGGAACUACACCUGCGUGGUGCACAACAAGUUCGGCACCAUCACGCACACCUACCAGCUCGAUGUCCUCGAGCGCUCGCCGCACAGGCCCAUCCUGCAGGCGGGCCUCCCCGCCAAUCAGACGGUGGUGUUGGGCAGCGACGUGGAGUUCCACUGUAAAGUCUACAGCGACGCCCAGCCACACAUCCAGUGGCUCAAACACAUCGAGGUCAACGGCAGCCGCUACGGCCCAGACGGCGUCCCGUAUGUCAGCAUCCUGAAGAGUGUUGUGAGUUACAGCACUGAGGCCCGGCUCACUCUCAAACUGUCCAAUGUAACACACAAAGACGCUGGCAAGUACCGGUGCCGUGCCACUAACUUUGUAGGCAAGUCGGAAAACACGUUCUGGCUCAAAAUACGGCAAGCAGCAGUGAGUCCGGAAAAGGAGGACUACUAUGCGGACAUCCUCAUCUACGUGACGGGCUGCGUGCUCUUCAUCCUGGCGGUGGUCAUCGUGGUGCUGUGUCGCAUGAGGAUGACCACGCAAAAGACACUGCCCACGCCGCCCGUCCAGAAGCUGUCCAAGUUCCCCCUCAAGAGACAGCAGGUGUCCUUGGAUUCCAACUCCUCCAUGAACUCCAACACGCCGCUGGUCAGGAUCGCCCGCCUAUCGUCCAGCGACGGACCCAUGUUGGCCAAUGUUUCUGAGCUGGAGCUGCCCUCCGACCCCAAAUGGGAGUUUUCCAGAGCCCGGCUGACUUUGGGCAAACCGCUGGGCGAGGGUUGCUUCGGUCAGGUGGUGAUGGCCGAAGCUAUCGGCAUCGACAAGGAGAAGCCCAACAAACCGCUAACUGUUGCUGUGAAAAUGCUAAAAGAUGAUGCCACAGAUAAAGAUCUGUCAGACCUGGUGUCUGAGAUGGAAAUGAUGAAGAUGAUUGGAAAGCACAAAAACAUCAUCAACCUGCUGGGAGCCUGCACACAAGACGGUCCCCUGUACGUCCUGGUGGAGUACGCCUCCAAAGGCAACCUGAGGGAGUACCUGCGGGCACGUCGGCCACCGGGCAUGGACUACUCUUUUGAUACGUGUAAAAUCCCCGACGAGCAGCUCACUUUCAAAGACCUCGUAUCCUGUGCCUACCAGGUGGCCCGAGGCAUGGAGUACCUCGCUUCGCAGAAGUGUAUCCACAGAGACCUGGCAGCCAGGAACGUGCUUGUGACCGAGGACAACGUGAUGAAGAUUGCUGACUUUGGUCUCGCUAGAGACGUGCACAACAUAGACUACUACAAAAAGACCACAAAUGGCCGUCUGCCCGUGAAAUGGAUGGCUCCGGAGGCUCUCUUUGACCGCGUCUACACGCACCAGAGCGACGUGUGGUCUUAUGGCGUUUUACUGUGGGAGAUCUUCACCCUCGGGGGCUCGCCAUACCCGGGCAUCCCCGUGGAGGAGCUCUUUAAGCUGCUGAAGGAGGGACACCGCAUGGACAAGCCUGCCAACUGCACGCACGAGCUGUACAUGAUCAUGAGGGAGUGCUGGCACGCUGUGCCGUCUCAGAGGCCCACCUUCAGGCAGCUGGUGGAAGAUCACGACCGCCUUUUGUCCAUGACUUCAACUGAUGAGUACCUGGACCUGUCGGUGCCGUUCGAGCAGUACUCGCCCACCUGCCAGGACUCCAACAGCACCUGUUCCUCGGGGGACGACUCCGUCUUCGCCCACGACCCGCUUCCCGACGAGCCCUGUCUUCCCAAGCAGCUUCCCAGCAACGGCAGCAUUCUGACAUAAGACGCCCACUUGGGGGGAAGGUCGGACCCUAAAAUUCGGACUUAAGACGCCAGCUGGGGGAAGGUCGGACAAUAAAAUUCGGACAUAAGACACCUCCUUGGGGAGAAGGUCGGACCCUGAAAUUUGGACAAAAGACGCCAGCUGGGGGAAGGUGGGACCCUAAAAUUCAGAACUAAUUUGACAGCUGAGGGAAUGUCGGACAAUAAAAUUUCGGACAUAAGACGCCAGCUGGGCGGACCCUAAAGUUCGGACUUAAGGUGACAGCUGGGGGGGAAGGUCGGACCCUAAAAUUCGGAAACCUAAUACGCCAGCUAGAGGAAGGUCGGACCCUAAAAUUCGGACAUAAGACGCAAGCUGGGGGAAGGUCGGACCCUAAAAUUUGGACAUAAGACGCCAGGUAGGGGAAGGUCGGACCCUAAACUUCGGACUCUAGACACCAGCUGGGGGAAGGUCGGACCCUAAAAUUCGGACAUAAGACGCAAGCUGGGUGAAGGUCGGACCCUAAACUUCGGACAGUAGACACCGCUGGGGGAAGGCCGGACCCUAAAAUUCGGACAGUAGACACCGGCUGGGGGAAGGCCGGACCCUAAAAUUCGGACAUAAGAUGCCAGCUGGGGGAAGGUCGGACCCUAAAAUUUGGACAAAAGACGCAAGCUGGGUGAAGGUCGGACUCUAAACUUCAGACAGUAGACACCGGCUGGGGGAAGGUCAGACCCUAACAUUCGGACAUAAGACGCCGGCUGGGGAAGGUCGGACCCUAAAGUUCGGACAUAAGACGCCAGCUGGGGAAGGUGGGACCCUAAUUGUCAUGUCAGUGAGUCCAGCCGGAAGGAACAGAGUCUUCAACUGGACCAACUUUGAAAGAUUUUCACAAAGUCUAUUUUUGUAUUCGGGCCAGUUUUUUCUUAUGGACAAUCUGAGGGAGGGGAGA